AGUAGUCACGUGACCCGGGCCUCCGCGCCCUAGGCGCCUGGGCCAGCCUGCGCCUGCGCAGUACUCCGAGACAGGGGACCCGUGUCAGUGACAGCUUCCGGUUUCGUUUCUCCGCCUUCUGCCUGGCUAGAGCUAUUGGGGCUCGGUGGCGGCCGCAGUGGGGUGGAGGGGGCAGGGCGUGGUGAGGUAAGGUGAGUGCCGUAGUGGGGUUCCCUGGAGCCAUGGCCUGCUCCAUUGUCCAGUUCUGCUACUUCCAGGACCUCCAGGCCGCCCGGGACUUCCUCUUUCCUCACCUGCGGGAGGAGAUCCUCAGCGGCGCCUUGCGGAGGGACCCCAGUAAAUCAACAGACUGGGAAGAUGAUGGUUGGGGAGCAUGGGAAGAAACUGAACCACAAGAACCUGAAGAAGAAGGAAAUACUUGCAAAACACAAAAAACUUCCUGGCUCCAAGAUUGUGUUUUAUCCUUAUCUCCAACUAAUGAUCUUAUGGUGAUAGCUCGAGAGCAAAAAGCUGUAUUUCUAGUGCCAAAAUGGAAAUAUAGUGAUAAAGGAAAGGAAGAAAUGCAAUUUGCUGUUGGCUGGAGUGGUUCUUUAAAUGUCGAAGAAGGGGAAUGUGUAACCAGUGCUCUAUGUAUCCCACUAGCAAGCCAAAAGAGGAGUUCCACUGGGCGUCCUGACUGGACCUGCAUUGUGGUGGGUUUUACUUCAGGUUAUGUACGCUUCUACACUGAGAAUGGUGUGCUCUUGCUUGCACAGCUUUUGAAUGAGGACCCAGUACUUCAACUUAAAUGCAGAACCUAUGAAAUACCACGACAUCCCGGCGUGACUGAGCAGAAUGAAGAGUUGAGUAUCUUAUAUCCAGCUGCCAUUGUGACUAUUGAUGGAUUUAGCCUUUUUCAAUCUCUUCGUGCUUGUCGAAAUCAGGUAGCAAAAGCUGCAGCAUCAGGCAAUGAGAACAUACAGCCACCACCAUUAGCUUAUAAGAAAUGGGGUCUACAAGAUAUUGACACUAUUAUUGAUCAUGCUAGUGUUGGUAUUAUGACUCUGUCCCCCUUUGAUCAAAUGAAGACUGCCUCCAAUAUAGGUGGAUUUAAUGCAGCAAUUAAAAAUAGUCCACCUGCCAUGUCUCAGUAUAUCACUGUAGGGUCCAGUCCAUUUACUGGCUUCUUCUAUGCUUUAGAGGGAAGCACACAACCAUUGUUAUCCCAUGUUGCACUAGCAGUUGCAAGUAAACUCACUUCUGCUUUAUUUAAUGCUGCCAGUGGUUGGCUUGGUUGGAAAAGUAAGCACGAAGAAGAAGCUGUCCAAAAGCAAAAGCCGAAGGUUGAGCCAGCUACCCCAUUAGCUGUAAGAUUUGGACUUCCCGAUUCUAGACGCCAUGGUGAAAGCAUAUGUCUGUCUCCAUGUAACACACUGGCAGCAGUAACAGAUGAUUUCGGCAGAGUUAUUUUAUUGGAUGUAGCUAGAGGAAUUGCAAUACGCAUGUGGAAAGGGUACCGCGAUGCACAAAUUGGAUGGAUUCAAAUUGUAGAGGACCUCCAUGAAAGAGUGCCAGAAAAGGCGGAUUUUUCCCCCUUUGGAAAUUCUCAGGGUCCAAGUCGAGUAGCUCAAUUCCUUGUGAUCUAUGCACCAAGAAGGGGAAUUUUAGAAGUGUGGAGCACACAGCAGGGACCUAGAGUAGGAGCUUUUAAUGUGGGGAAGCACUGCAGGCUGCUGUAUCCUGGCUAUAAAAUAAUGGGCUUAAAUAAUGUUACCAGUCAGAGUUGGCAGCCACAGACUUACCAGAUCUGUUUGGUUGAUCCAGUGUCUGGAAGUGUGAAAACAGUGAACGUUCCCUUCCAUUUAGCACUGAGUGAUAAGAAGAGUGAACGAGCCAAGGAUAUGCACCUAGUGAAGAAACUAGCAGCCUUACUGAAAACAAAAUCUCCCAAUCUUGAUUUGGUUGAAACAGAAAUAAAGGAAUUAAUUCUUGAUAUUAAAUACCCUGCAACCAAAAAACAAGCUUUGGAAAGCAUUUUGGCAAGUGAACGUUUACCAUUUUCUUGCCUUAGAAACAUCACUCAGACUUUAAUGGACACUUUAAAAAAUCAAGAACUUGAGUCUGUUGACGAAGGAUUGCUCCAGUUUUGUGCCAAUAAACUAAAAUUGCUGCAACUCUAUGAGUCUGUUAGUCAGUUAAAUUCCCUUGAUUUUCAUUUAGACACACCAUUCUCUGAUAAUGACUUGGCUGUGUUACUAAGGCUUGAUGAAAAAGAACUGCUUAAGCUCCAGGCAUUACUAGAGAAAUAUAAGCAAGAGAACACCAGGACAAAUGUUCGAUUUUCUGAUGAUAAAGAUGGUGUGUUGCCUGUAAAAACAUUCUUGGAAUAUUUAGAAUAUGAAAAGGAUGUGCUCAACGUAAAGAAAAUAAGUGAAGAGGAAUAUGUGGCUUUAGGUAGUUUCUUUUUUUGGAAGUGUUUGCAUGGAGAAAGCUCCACUGAGGAUAUGUGUCACACUUUGGAGUCGGCUGGACUUAGCCCUCAGCUGUUGUUGUCUCUGCUCCUGAGUGUUUGGCUUUCAAAGGAAAAGGAUAUUUUGGAUAAACCACAGUCAAUCUGCUGUCUUCAUACCAUGCUGUCCCUUCUGAGCAAGAUGAAAGUGGCCAUCGAUGAGACCUGGGAUUCUCAGUCUGUGUCCCCAUGGUGGCAGCAGAUGCGCACAGCCUGUAUUCAGUCUGAGAACAAUGGAGCCGCUCUGUUGUCUGCACAUGUUGGGCAUUCUGUUGCUGCACAGAUAUCAAACAACAUGACAGAGAAAAAAUUUUCCCAAACAGUUUUGGGUGCUGAUUCAGAGGCCCUCACUGAUUCCUGGGAGGCACUUUCUCUUGACACUGAGUACUGGAAACUCCUUCUGAAACAGCUGGAGGAUUGUCUCAUACUUCAGACUCUGCUUCACAGCAAAGGGAACACUCAGACCUCCAAAGUGUCAUCACUGCAGGCUGAGCCACUUCCAAGGCUUUCUGUUAAAAAGUUAUUAGAAGGAGGAAAAGGUGGCAUUGCAGACAGUGUAGCCAAGUGGAUAUUUAAACAGGACAUCAGCCCUGAAGUAUUAAAACUGGCUAAUGAAGAAAGAGAUGCAGAAAACCCAGAUGAACCCAAAGAAGGUGUUAACAGAAGUUUCCUUGAGGUAUCAGAGAUGGAGAUGGACUUAGGAGCCAUACCAGACUUACUGCAUUUAGCCUAUGAGCAGUUUCCUUGUAGCCUUGAGCUCGAUGUGUUGCAUGCACAUUGCUGCUGGGAGUACGUUGUUCAGUGGAAUAAAGAUCCAGAGGAAGCACGUUUUUUUGUUAGGUCAAUAGAACACUUGAAGCACAUAUUUAAUGCACAUGUUCAAAAUGGCAUUGCACUGAUGAUGUGGAAUACGUUCUUAGUUAAAAGAUUUUCUGCUGCUACAUACUUAAUGGAUAAGGUUGGAAAAUCACCAAAGGAUAGGUUAUGCCGAAGGGAUGUGGGAAUGAGUGACACAGCAAUGACAUCUUUCCUCGGCUCCUGUUUGGAUCUUCUUCAGAUCUUAAUGGAGGCAGAUGUUAGCAGGGAUGAAAUACAGGUGCCUGUGCUGGAUACUGAGGAUGCGUGGCUCUCCGUGGAAGGACCAAUCUCCAUAGUGGAACUGGCCCUUGAACAGAAGCACAUCCACUACCCACUGGUGGAGCACCACUCCAUCCUGUGCUCCAUCUUGUAUGCAGUCAUGAGGUUUUCUCUGAAGGCCGUGAAGCCACUUUCACUUUUUGACAGUAAGGGAAAAAAUGCAUUUUUCAAAGACCUAACUUCAAUUCAGUUAUUACCUAGUGGGGAAAUGGAUCCAAAUUUUAUUUCUGUACGGCAACAGUUCUUAUUGAAAGUUGUCAGUGCAGCUGUCCAGGCCCAACAUUCAGCCACAAAGGUCAAAGAUCCCACAGAAGAGGCCACACCCACUCCUUUUGGGAAAGACCAAGAUUGGCCAGCUCUAGCUGUGGAUUUAGCCCAUCACCUUCAAGUUAGUGAAGAUGUUGUUAGAAGGCAUUAUGUGGGGGAACUAUACAACUAUGGAGUUGACCACUUAGGAGAAGAGGCCAUUCUACAGGUUCAUGACAAAGAGGUCCUUGCCUCUCAGCUGCUGGUGCUGAUGGGGCAAAGGCUGGCUCAUGCGCUUCUUCACACCCAGACAAAAGAAGGAAUGGAGCUGCUUGCCAGACUUCCACCCACACUGUGUACUUGGCUGAAAGCAAUGGACCCCCAGGACCUUCAAAACACUGAAGUGCCAAUUGCAACAACAGCUAAACUAGUAAAUAAAAUAAUAGAGCUUUUACCAGAAAAACAUGGGCAGUAUGGUCUAGCCUUACACCUCAUUGAAGCUGUGGAAGCCAUAUCUCUUCCUUCUUUAUGACACUUACCUACUGGAAAUAGUCUAAAAUUAUGAUUAUAACAUGAAGUAGUGCAUGGUUAUUUUACAUAGUAAGACCUGGAAUUUUAUGGGAAAAGUAUGUCUUUUUUUUUCCUUUUGUAAAAUAAAUAAAAGUAUAUACAACUUUUAAAAAGUGCAACCCUGGCUAAAUUCCACUCCUUUGGUUAAUACUGAAGAUAAAAUAUAAACAAAUGUCAACUCUGUUAUAAUUAAUACAAAUGUUUUACUGUUUAUUUCUAAUUCAAACACUUAAGUAGCUUUAUUGUUAAACUUUGCUAUUUAAAAUUGGUUAUAAUUUAGAUUAUGUUCUUAUAAGAUUCUAUAUUUCCUAUCUAAAAUGUUGUUGUAAUUCAAUUUAAAUGUGUUCAUGUACAGUCCCCAUCAGUAGAGUAUAGAAACACCCCACUCUCCUUUAGUAAAUGUUGAGAAAAUGCCUUUGUUGUCAUGCUCCAAAUCCCACACUGGGCUGCCACCUGGGAGUUCUGGAUACUGAAAGGUUCCUUUCCCAGAGGUUCUGCUGUUGCCAUCAGAGGAGGAUGACCAUGCUUGAGGAGGAAGAAUGGGUUCAAGAUCAUCAUAUUCAUCAGAAGGGGACGCUAAAUAGAACCCUUAACCUGUUGUACUUGCCAAAAUUGAGAAUCAGAGGUGUGUAAAAUGCAGCAAAUUAAUUAUAAUGUAAGUUAAGAUUUGCUUUUUGCCAAGUUGCAAAGUUGUAUCCACAUCAGGUCACUGUAAAAAUGUAUUAUCUUGUAAAACUUAUGUAAAAAAAAAAAAAAAAAGGCAAAGAUACUAAAAAUUUUAAGUCCAACUUUAUUUUUCCUACAAGUGUUUAGAAAUGCUUCUGGGAUUUGCUAAUGUUAUCUGUCCUUGGGAACAGUAUUGAAAAAACUGCUUAGUGAUACUACAGCUUUAGCAAACCUACCUCACAGCUGGGAUGAGAGGAUAAAAUACAACUAAUUUUGUACCCUAUAGUGCCUAGAGCAGUCCAAGUGCUAAAUAAAUAUUUACUGAUUAAAACCAAACUAUAGCUACUCGGGAGGCUGCAGGAGGAUCGCUUGAGCCCAGGAGUUUGAGGCCAUUCUGGGCAAUAUAGCAAGACCCUGUCUCAAAAAAAAGAAAAAACCAAACUAACCAAAACUCUGUAAAAGAGUGCUUUGAGCUCUACAAAUACCAAGUAUUUAUUAUGGUAUAUUUUUAGAAUGUAGCCAUACAGUGUAAUUAUGGGUAUCUGUCAUGGAUCACAAUUAUUAUUCAUAGUAAGUCAUUGUGAUACAGAAGUUUGUUUCUUCACUUCCCCUUAAGAAGCCAACUAUAGUAAUCAUGCAAAGUUGAGGAGUAUGUCCUUCAGGGAUAUAAAGAAAAACAAAUCUGUUUUUUGAGCUAAAAGAGCACAUCCAAACAAGAAUUUAACUGGCUAAAAUUUAGUAAUUACUGUUAAGUAACUAUCAAACUUAAAAUCUUACAAGAUAAAUGGUUAAGAUGUCUUGAGUAUUUGGGAUGGGGGCCUGUGAGUCUGAUUGAGACAUACAUUUUACAGAGUAGCAGCACUGGAAAGGGCUAGUCCAACCUCCCAGCCUCUGCUUGGGUCUCCACUGCCCCAGCCACACACAUCCUAGAAUUCUUGUAAACAUAUCUGGCUCUGUAUUAACAGUCACUUGUUAUAUGUGUUCUAAGAGAUUAGUUCUUCCUGUGAUUUUUCCAAGUACGCUGAAAGUAGUAGUAUGAACUUAAGGAGGCUAGUCAAAGAAACUUGGAGUUAUAGGUAUUUUUAAAGAAUAAAUCCUCAAUUCCAUCAUCACUUGGCGGGGAGGGGGCACUUAUUAAGCAUUUUAGAUAAUAAAACUGGUUAAGCUUACUCUGGCAGAACAGACAAUCAAAUCUGGGGAUUGCUGAGAACAAUAAUAAGCUGAAGUAUGGCUCACAGAAUCCUAACACAAAUCAUUAAGUCUCUAGUUAGAUUUAUUAUCCUAAAAUUUUUCAUAGAAUUUUAAAAUUGAAUUCUGACUUGUAUGGUUAAGAAAAGCAGUUAAAUAUUUUACUACUUAUCAAGGGCUUUUAAAAUAAAUCUGACAGGAAGAAAGGCAAAUAAAUACCUAUGUAGACAUUCUAUAAUAACAAAGAGCCAUAGAUGAUAAAGGAAUUAGAUUUUAAUGUAGAACUGGUGGUUUCUGAAACAAAGGUAUGUGGUACUUUUAUUGUAGUUAUUGAUGAGAAGCCAGUAACCAGUAGUGUUUUCCUAGAUAUAUGCCCACCCUCACACAACUUUCUUCAUUAACGUUAAAUAUGCAUUUUUAUCUUAUUAAAUUAUAUUGUAUAAUGCUGAAGGAAAACAAAGUGUUCAAAUAAUCAUAACUUCUACAUUACAGGUUCUGUUUGUUUAGAUGUAGAACUAGAGGGGCCAGGGUAAAUGUAGAUAAAGAGAUAUAUAGCACCAUGCUUCUUAAUGCUUCAUACUUUUGCAAACAGAAAAAAAAGUUUUACUUUUAUUAUAAAACUUCAUCUGUGGUCAAAGUAAACACUGUUACAUUUAAAUUGCUUUUUAAAAACAAUUGCGAUCUAAAAAGUCAAAAAUCUGAAAUUUAACAAUAUGAGACUUACUUACACUGAAUAUAAUGUUCAUUUAGAAGUUGCUGUGGUCCAUUUCAUUUAUAAGGGACAAAUAUUUUUACAGUACACUAUAGCAACAGCGAAAGCCCUCUCUCACCCUGAUAGGAAUGGGUUUGCUGGGUGUCUAGAAGUUAGAUUCCUGCUGAAUAGAAUUAGCCAUCCUUAAAAGAUUUUAAUCCAAUACGGAACUGUUUAUAAAAUGCUUUCUCUAUUGUAAUGUACUGUAAGUAGUGAAAUUCUGUAUAUACUGCUAUUUUCUGUCUGUUCAUUGUUGUGAACUUACUUAUGUAUAUUAGUGAAAUAAAUUUUCAGCUUUCAUGUUGUUUCCUAAA